UGUGUCUCUCCCAAGUAGGUGCCAGAAGUCAUACAUCCUCCCAUAGUGAACUGACCAGCUGUACCUGAGUGUGGACACCAUGGAUACAAUAAACUUCACCUUCUGGAACACCUCUGAGGGCAACGAGACCCUAGAGACGGCGGACGAGAGCCCGUAUAAGACAGUGGAGGUGGUGUUCAUUGUACUGGUGGCCGGCUCACUAAGCUUGGUGACAGUUAUCGGGAACAUCUUGGUCAUGCUCUCCAUCAAGGUUAACAGAAGCCUGCAGACUGUCAACAACUACUUCCUGUUCAGUCUGGCCUGUGCUGACCUCAUCAUUGGCCUUUGCUCUAUGAACCUGUACACAGUCUACAUUGUGAUUGGAUACUGGCCGCUAGGCCCGGUCGUGUGCGACUUGUGGUUGGCGCUGGACUACGUGGUCAGCAACGCCUCCGUCAUGAACCUGCUAAUCAUCAGCUUUGAUCGAUACUUUUGCGUCACCAAGCCACUCAGCUACCCAGUGAAGAGGACGACCAAAAUGGCCGGGAUGAUGAUUGCGGCGGCUUGGGUUUUGUCCUUCAUCCUCUGGGCUCCAGCUAUCCUGUUCUGGCAGUUUAUCGUUGGCGGGCGCACGGUGCCAGAGAAGGAGUGCUACAUUCAGUUCUUCUCCAACGCAGCGGUCACUUUCGGCACGGCUAUUGCUGCUUUCUACCUGCCCGUCAUUAUCAUGAUGGUGCUGUACUGGCAGAUAUCCCGCGCAAGCAAGAGCCGUGUCAAGAAGGACAACCGCAAACCGUCAGGUGGCAACCUCGAUGUAGCAUCGUCCAAUCAGAUCCGCGCAAACACGGCCAACAAACCCACCAACAACAACCUAACAGCUGAAGAAACAGACAGAGGACAGACCCAGCUAACAGAUGACACCACCAACCAACACGAUGCCAAACUCCAGAACGGUAAAGCCCCAUCCACGGCAAGCGGAGAAGCAGAGGCGGAAGAUGGAGGACGAGGAAACUGCGUUCCUGCAGAGGAGAAAGAAAGCUCCAAUGACUCCACCUCUGGCAGCGGAGCUGUAACCAAUCAAAAGGACGAGGCAGCGCCAUCCAAAGCCAAUGACAACCAGGCUCCCACGAGGCACCGCGCCAAAGCUGGAGGCUCCAAACUGACAUGCAUCAAGAUCAUGACCGAAUCGCCAAAAGGCGACUGCUGCACACCUUCGAACGCGACGGUGGAGAUCGUCCCGGCCACCGAGAGACAGAACCAUGUAGCGAGGAAGAUCGUGAAGAUGACCAAGCAGCCGCCCAAGAAGAAAAAAGCACCAUCCUCUCGGGAAAAGAAGGUGACGCGCACCAUUAUGGCCAUCCUGGUGGCAUUCGUGGCUACUUGGACGCCAUACAACGUGAUGGUCCUCAUCAACACCUUCUGCUCCAGCUGCAUUCCCAACACGGUGUGGACCAUCGGAUACUGGCUCUGCUACAUCAACAGCACCAUCAACCCCGCUUGCUACGCCCUCUGCAACAUCACCUUCAAAAAGACCUUCAAACACCUGCUGCUCUGCCAGUACAAGAACAUACGCUCGGCCCGAUGAGCAGUAACGUGUGUGCAUGCGUUAUAUUUCACAUGUGUGUUCUGGUCACAAAGGUACAUGUGUGGAUGUGUUUGUAUGUGUGGAAAGAUAAAGUAAACUGAAGAGUUUAUUUGCAAAAACAGAUUACUAAUUUCCUUAAAUCAUGUUUCUAUUGUGUUAUCAUGUUCUUAUUGUGUUUUAGUGUGUGUAUUUUAAGCUAUUAUUAUUUAAUCAAAACAACCCAACUGUAAUUUGAUAUCAAAUGGAAUGCAGA